CAGCGAUCCAUGCUGGCUGUCUGUAAUAAUCGUGAUAUUUAUCGUACGGCAGGGCGGAGGGCCGCCGCGGACGGGCGAAUCAGCCGCGGCGCUGGCCGGCCGUUGAAGGGCAGCGCGGCGGUGGGCGAGCAGGGCAGCCCAGGGUCUGGUCGGCCGCCAGCCAUACCGUAUCGUUACCGUGACCGCCACAGGGCGUCGCCCACGUUCGAGUCCCUCGAGGCACGCCGUACGAGGCGUUACCAGCGGCCUAGUCUCGGUCGCACUGCAGCUCCCGUUCCCAGAACAGGGGUCCGGCCGCCCGUAGGGCAGACCACACCACCGGAAGCCGCUGGCGGCCAGGAGCCUAGUGGUCAGCCGGAGCACCAAACCUCCUGUUAG